AGCAAUCACUGAACCAACCAUAGGGCUGCGAACAAUAGUUUCUUGAUAGCAAUCAUGCACUACUCUGCAUUGUGUACUCUGAGUCUUUUGACAUGCAGCUGCCUCGCUUUUCCACUGCCUCGGGAAGCUGGAAAAAUGAAUGACCAACAAUGGGGAAAAGCACGGGAAUACCUCAAGAACUUCUAUUCAUAUGAUCCUGAAGAACGAAUAAACAAUUUAGAAGACAAAAUAAAAGAAAUGCAAAAAUUCUUUGGCCUACCACAAACAGGAAUUUUAAACACCAACACCAUGGAAAUAAUUCAGAAACCUAGAUGUGGAGUACCUGAUGUUGGACAAUUCAGUUUGUUUCCUGGGAGACCUAAAUGGUCUUCCAAAGUAGUGACCUACAGGGUUGCCUCUUAUACUCGGGACCUGUCUAAAGCAACAGUGGAUUAUUUAGUCCAGAAGGCUCUUGACAUGUGGAGCAAAGCUUCAACACUGACCUUCAAGAAAGUGAGGAGAGGAAAUGCAGACAUUGUCAUUGGUUUUGCCAGAGGAGUUCAUGGGGACUUCAAUCCAUUUGAUGGACCAGGAGGAAUCCUGGCUCAUGCAUUUGCACCAGGAGAAGGCUUAGGAGGAGAUGCUCACUUUGAUAAUGAUGAGCAAUGGAGUGAUGGCAGCAGAUUAGGAAUUAACUUUUUAUUUGCUGCUACUCAUGAACUUGGCCAUUCCUUGGGGUUAGGUCAUUCUUCGGAUCCUGAAGCUGUGAUGUACCCUACCUAUAGCUAUAAAAACCCAGAGGACUUUGGUCUGUCAGAGGAUGAUAUCAAAGGGAUUCAGAAGCUUUAUGGAAAGAGAAGAUAAUUUCAGAACUGCAACCUUAACAGAAAAUGCACAUUCAACAGACUAUCUACUACAUUCCUGAUCUAUCAAAAUGCUUUUAUUUUAUCAUGAUAUCCUAUAACAACUGAAAUGCUUCUAAAUGAAUGGCUUUAUAUGGAAAUCAAGGAAUAAGACAUAAAAGCACAAUGUUUUAUUUCAUUAAUUCAUUGAUUUUAUUCAGCAAACAUUUAUUAAUUAGUUCACAACGUGAACUAAGGACUUCUGUCACAGACAGUCCACAUCAUCAGGGAUGACUAGUCUCAUUAUUUUUAUUCAAGUUCACAUAAUCCUGUGACUGGUACCAACACCAAAGCUUCCGAGCCUCCGUUGUCAUAUUGAAAGCAGAAGCAACACAGCCACAACUGAGCAGACUGGUACCCAGAACAAGGGCAGGUUUGUCUUAGAACAGAAUCCUACAAUUGAGGCUCCAGCCAGAUAAAAUCACACAGCAAUCUGGUUGCAGAACUAGAAAUAGAUGUUGGGUGACCCAAAAUGUCCCAAAUCCUAGCCUAAGUGUUCUUUCUACCACACUACUCCCCAACCUGACUUUCUUGAAUGUGUAGGGGCACCCAAUUCUCUGCCAUUUAUGCAUCUGCCAAGAGGGAAUAUUAAACUCUGCCUGGGAAGGACUUCCAAAUGCUUCUAUUUCUCCCAGAAAAAAAAACUAGAUCCACUUUGGAAGUAGUCACCAACUCACCAUGGGCAUCAAACAGUUUCUGCCAAACAAGUAGAAAAGAAAGUCAUUUUAUAUCCAUUGUCCCUGAGAACUUGCCCAAAGUUCUGUUGACCAACCAGUUUGGGGAAUUCUUUGUUAGUUUGUCACAGAAGCACGCUAGAGAUUGACCAGAUUGUCUCUGACUCCUUUUCUGCUUCCAGCACCAUGGUUCUAUGAAGUAUGAUUGGAAGCCCCUACUAUAUUAUUUACUAAAAUAAGUGGGGAUAUAAGAGUGAGCAUGUACCAUGAGCACUAAAAGUAACAGAAUUCUAAGUGCUAUAUAAAAAGUCUUAAGCUAUUUAAUUUUAAAACCAGACAUGAAAAAGAAGGGGAAGAAAAGGGACAGAUCUAUUCAUAGAAUAAAAAGUCACAUUCUUGAUUCUGGUAUAUGCCCCCAAUAUCAAUCACCAGGGAUUAAUGUUCCAAUAUCCUUUGUCAAUGCCAGUUAAUAUCACUCUAGUUGUCAUUUAACCAUUUGAUAGCUCUUCAAUAAGCAGUUAACAUCAAUUAGCUUUAUUUAUUUUUUAUUCAUUUUGAACUUAAGUACAAAAAGACAAAAAAAAAUUUCCAUGUACACAGCACAACAGAA